UUUUUUUUUUUAAUUUAUUUAUAAUAUAUAGUACUACUAUAAUAAACAGCCUGUUCUCUUUGUUUUAAGAGAUUUUGCUUUAAACAUCAAAACAGUACUAAGGAAUCUUUAUGUCUCAUGUCCCCACAAAUCCCUAAUUACAAAAAAUUCAUUAUAUACAUACCAACUAUUUUCAUUUUCCAAAAUCACAUAUCACAAAAAAAAAAAAAAAAAAUGGAUAUUUAUCGUGUUCUCUCUAAGUAUAGAAUCAAGAUUCCAUCUUUAUUCUUCAAUAUCAUCUUCCUUCUUAUUAUUUCUUCCCUCACAUUUCAUUUCUUUUCAUCAAAUUCCAAUUUUUCAUUAAAUAAUACUUUUAUAAAGCCACCAAAAAAUAGUUUCUUGAAAAACAAAGAUAUUGGUUGUAAAGGUAUUGAAAAAUUUAUUACUAGAGAAGAAAAAUGCACUUAUGUUAAAUUUCAUGAAGGGUGUAAACCUAAUGGAUAUAUAUUUUAUUUACAACUUUUUUAUUGCACUUUUAGCCAAAUUCUUGGUUAUAUUUUGUUAGCACUUUGGUUAAUUUUGUUAUUUUAUUUAUUAGGUGAUACUGCUAGUAGUUAUUUUUGUUCUUCAUUAGAAGGAUUAUCAAAAAGUUUGAAACUUUCACCAAUAAUUGCUGGUGUUACACUUUUAUCAUUAGGUAAUGGUGCACCUGAUUUAUUUUCUAGUAUAGUUUCUUUUAUGAAUGAUGAUACAAAUGAUAUUGGAUUUAAUAGUAUAAUUGGUGGUGCUUUUUUUGUUUCAAGUGUAGUGGCUGGUAUAACAAGUAUAUCAAUUAGUAAAUAUGAUAGGAAAAUUAAGAAAUCAAGUUUUAUUAGGAAUGUUUUGUUCUUGAUUCUUUGUGUUGUUUGUCUACUUGUUGUGAUUGUUAUUGGGAAGAUUCAUUUAUGGGGUGCUUUGGCUUUCUUUUUCUUGUACGUUGUGUAUAUUUGUUGUAUAUUUUUAUCAGAAAUGUAUGUUAGAGGAGAAGAGAAGUAUUCAAAUUGUGAAGAGGGUAUGAUUGAUGAUUAUAUGUUAGAUUUGCCUAUGGUUUGUGACAUGAAAAAGGGUGAAGAAUUGUCAUGUGAACAAUUGAGGGUACCUUUGUUGGUGAAUAAAGAUGAUAUACAGAGUGAAAAGCAAAAGAAAAUUGCUUUUGUUUUGAGAAAAGUUGUGUAUAUUCUUGAAUUGCCACUUGAUAUUCCAAGAAAGUUGACAAUACCAAAUGUAUCACAAGAGAAAUGGUCAAAGCCAUUUGGGGUUGUGUCAAUCACUUUAGCUCCAUUGUUAUUGAUUCUCAUUUGGGAUUUCAUUGGGCCUAAAACAAGAAUUUGGGCUUAUGGAAUUAGUGGGCUUAUUGGGCUUGCUUGUGGGGUGGUUGUGUUUUUCACUAGUGAUGGGCUUAACCCACCAAAGAAGUUCAACUUUUUGUGGCUUGGACUUGGGUUCUUCAUGAGUAUUACUUGGACUUACAUCUUAGCUGAAGAACUUAUUUCUUUGUUGGUUUCAAUGGGCCUAAUACUUGGUAUAAGCCCAUCAAUACUGGGCCUAACUGUUCUUGCUUGGGGUAAUUCAUUAGGAGACUUAGUGGCCAAUGUAACGCUGGCUAAAAGUGGUGGGCCUAGAGGAGCCCAAGUAGCUUUAUGUGGAUGCUAUGCUGGGCCUAUAUUCAAUACACUAGUGGGCUUGGGCCUAUCACUCAUUUUCACAACUUGGAAAGCAUUUCCCUCAAGUUAUAUAGUGCCAAUGGAUUCAACUAUCUAUGAAACUAUGGGCUUUUUGUUAUUGGGCCUACUUUGGGCCUUGGUAAUCUUGCCUAAAAGAGAUAUGAGGCUUGAUAAGUUCUUUGGAAUUGGGCUUUUGGCUAUAUACUUAUGCUUCUUGUUCUUAAAGCUUGCUAGAGCUUUGGGCUUUAUUGACUUUCAAAUUUCCCCAUAAAAGUCUUUCAUAUCUUUGUUUCGUGUGUUUCCGAGAGGAAUUCGAUCUCAGAAUACCACCUAAAUAACUACAGCAGAGAGUUGAAUAGGUCGGGAAGAAAAAGUCUGAGGUUGGGUCGGACGACGUGUUUCUGGGAGGAAUUUGAUCUCGGAAUGCCACCUAAAUAACAACGGCUGGAGAGUCAAAUAGGACAGGAAAGAGUCUGAGAUCGAGUCGAACGACAUACAUCUUGGUUAGGUUUGAUGUACUUAGUAGUAAAGUAGAAUCAAAGAUUUCUACUUUGAUGUAAAAUUGUAUUUAUAUGUAUUCAUCCCAAGUAUAUAUACUAAUGAUGUGUUAUCUUUUCUUA